AUUGUGUUCGCCUGCUCCGCAGAGGACGCCGCCGCGAUGUCCGAGACCGCUCCCGCAGCCGCCCCCGAUGCUCCCGCUCCCGGUGCAAAGGCCGCCGCCAAGAAGCCGAAGAAAGCGGCGGGCGCCUCCAAAGCCCGCAAGCCCGCCGGCCCCAGCGUCACCGAACUGAUCACCAAGGCCGUCUCCGCCUCCAAGGAGCGCAAGGGGCUCUCACUCGCCGCUCUCAAGAAGGCGCUGGCCGCCGGAGGCUACGAUGUGGAGAAGAACAACAGCCGCAUCAAGCUGGGGCUCAAGAGCCUCGUCAGCAAGGGCACCCUGGUGCAGACCAAGGGCACCGGCGCCUCCGGGUCUUUCCGCCUUAAUAAAAAGCCCGGGGAAGUGAAGGAGAAAGCCCCCAAGAAGCGUGCGGCCGCGGCCAAGCCAAAGAAGCCCGCGGCCAAGAAACCCGCCAGCGCUGCGAAGAAGCCGAAGAAGGCGGCGGCAGUGAAGAAGAGUCCCAAGAAAGCCAAGAAGCCGGCAGCGACUGCUGCUAAGAAAGCGGCCAAGAGCCCCAAGAAGGCAGCCAAAGCAGGUCGCCCCAAGAAGGCAGCAAAGAGUCCGGCCAAGGCGAAGGCGGUGAAGCCCAAGGCAGCCAAGCCCAAGGCAGCGAAGCCGAAAGCAGCCAAGGCGAAGAAGGCAGCGCCCAAAAAGAAGUAAAAGAAAUCAGGAGUGUCCUGCUCUACAUCUUUUGUUAUCCAACGGCUCUUUUAAGAGCCACCCACACUUUCCCUAAAGGAGCUGAGGCACCGAGGUCGUCAGUACCCUGCAACAAGGAUCCAGUAAUUCGUAAGUCGUCAGAGGUCAAUUGUGUCCUUGUUUUUCUUCUACGAUUACCGAGAAAGCGAACGAGCACGGUAUAACGCGGCGGCUUUAGGGAAAUGUAGACUUUUGCAUCUUUUGCCGAGUAAUUGGUUUAACUACCUUGGAAGCAAUGUUUUAUAGCAGUGAUUUGAUAAAAAUCGGAUGUACUUUUUUUUAAAGAAUAUAUUUUGUAACGAAAGUAAUGCAUUUGUCAGACAUGCUACUACUGAGCCACGUUUAAUCUAUUAUAUUCUCUCUUUUAAAGUGUCUCCUUAAAGGGUGUUGACUUUCAGGGAGGAAGUGAGGGUUUCCUUAGUCCACCGAAAAUAGCGCUAAACUCCCCCAUUCCUUUUGUUCCCAAUGAGAAGAAAAUGGCCUUUAAGUAUUGAAAAAGCCCGCCCUGACCAAGGAUUGGCUAGCAGAGAGCCCGGCCCGCUGUCCCUUCCCCCCCUCCCUUCUCCGAAGACGAUUACGCCCCGGUACAAUGUCAGCCACUACCGGAGGGAAAAAAAAAAAAA